AUGGACAGUGAUACUCUAAAUCAAUUCCAGAGUAUAACCAAUCAAGUCUUCAGUACGGAUCAAGCUCAGCAAAUACUACAAUCACACGACUGGAACUUGGAAGCCUCUCUUAUCGCAGCCUUUGAUCAAAACCCACAGCUUCCUCGUGCUUUAUCGACGCAAAGCCGAAACACAGUUUUAAACUCAAACAAUUCGAAUAUGGAAGAUUCUAUCCGUAAUGCGUACAACCAAGCUUUUGGAAACAGCAACCAAUCAACUCCUGUGAACUCUGAAGUCCCUGGAGCGUUUCCUUCACCCUAUGAACAACCAUCGCCCUUCUCAGACAGUUUUUCGAAGUUGCACAAAGUUGCCAAAACUUUAUUGAAAGGGCUCAUCACUAUAGUAAUAAUACCCUUGUGGGUGCUUUACCAACUGUUUUGCUACCUGAGCAUCUUUGCAGUCGAAAAGAUAGCACCUGCAUUGAACAAGAUAACAGGACUUAACCUGGGAAGUGGCAGAUCCAUUUACUCAAUCCGUCGUUCUUUAGACCCAAGUGACAAUGCUCGGAGAUUUAUAGUUGCCUUUGACGAAGAAAUUGGAAAUACACCAGCAAAUGAAGCUUCGUGGGCAGUCGAUAGACCACCCUUUUUGGAAUGCUCCUACACGCAGGCGUUGUAUAUUGCCAAGCGAGAUUGUAAAUGGUUACUUAUCUAUCUGCAAAGUGAUGAGCAUGAAGACAGAGCUCAAUUUACAAAAGAGUUGCUUCUCAGCAAGCAACUAUUAAGAUUCAUCAAUCAGUAUGAUAUCAUGGUGUGGGGUGGGAAUGUUAAGGAAAGUGAGAGUUUUCAAGUCGCCAACAUGUUCAAAGUCAUGAACUUUCCUUUUCUGGGUUUAUUAUCUCUAACUCUCAACAACACAGGAAAUAACAACACUAGUAGUUCCACUCUUAGCUUGGUAGCCAAAGUUGCGGGAAUUUCCAACAAUAAGCCACUUCAAGUUAAAAAGAUUAUAAAAAGGUUCACGAAAGUCUACGAACGUUAUAACCCGACAGUGGAGGCUAUCAGAGCACAAAGAAAUUCUCGUAAUGAUGAACAGUUCCUUCGAGCUCAGCAAGAAGAGGCAUAUCAAAGAUCUUUGGCACGAGAUAGAGCGAGAGAUGAAGAACGAAAUGCAGCUAGGAUACGCCAAGAAAAGGAGCGUCAGUGGCUUCUGUGGAGAAGAGAGACUUUGAGGCCUGAACCUUCUACCGAAUUGAAGGGACAAUAUGCCCGCAUAGCAAUAAGAACCCCAGAUGGCACCAAGAUAACUCGAAGGUUCGAUAAAGACUGCUCGCUGGAAGAGAUCUACGCAUUUGCGGAGUUUUACUUGAGGCCAAUCCCUGACGAGGAUAUCACUGUUCCAGUGAGCAAACCUGAAAAUUACAACCAUUCUUAUUCCUUUAGACUGAUACAAAUAAUGCCUAGAGAGCAAUUGCCUGUUGAUGAGUCAACUAGGAUACAAGAGUGCGAAAUCGUUUGGCCCACUGGUAACUUAAUAUUGGAGAACGAAUAG